AAAAACAUUACAGAUGUUUUUACUUAGGAAGAGUACAUAAAAUGACAUUUUCACAAAAUGCAUUGAAUGUAGUAUUUACACCUGGUUUGUCAGCAGCUUUAUCUCCUGGGUCUCACAUGCCUCACAGACGAGACAAUAACUGGAAAAACAGCCCUCCUCGUGGACUUGUUUUAUGUAGACUACGGACAAGAGAAUUUCAACAACAACGAAAAUCUCAUCUCCUGCCAUCGUGCGCCGUCAGCGCUCUGCCCUGGGCCUUCAUUCCUUGGCACCAUAUGACGAAUCGGCUUCAGCGUGGACCGGCAGCAUUUUUAUUCUAACGUGUCCAAAGGGACAGCGGGCAGGUGGCACAGCCGUCAUGCUAAACAUAAUGCAGUCCGAAGGUUUCCGGUUCAAAUCCCCACUCCUGCUGUAGAGCCCAUGGUCAAGGUUCUCAACCUGGAUUGACACAGAAAUCACACUGCUGUACAAAAGGUGGAUCCCUCUAAAGCUCAUCAUUAGUCACCUUGGGCAAAAGGUUGCAAAGGUGAAGCGCUUCUGUUGCAAAGUUUUCAUUCUUGAGUAUCAUAUUUCCUGGAAUCGUUAAAAAAAAAAAUAAUACAGUAAUUGCUGCUGCUCGCACAGACGCGGAGAAUGUGUCAGGCAAAGUUAUGACGUCACGGCCCCGUUCGUACAGCUCCAGCGCGCGCCGGCUGCUGCGUGACACUUACCCCCGCGGAGUGACGCGCGCGACAUGCACGUUCAUGGAGCGCGCGGCAACUUGUUCUCCGCGUGCAGAAGCGCAUCGGUGGUGGAGAGGAGUCCGCGGAGGAGCAGGGAGCCACCGAGGACUUGGAGGAGAUUAAAGCUCCGCUCGACAUGGACUGUUUGCGGAACCAGCCCUGUGGAUGAUUUACAGCCUAAAUAGUGCCGCGAACCCACUUCACGCGCCCGCCUCCUCUCGUGGACGACCCCGCGACAGCUGGAUGCGUGGGAAACACCCGGAGCGCCACCACUUCUGCUGGUAGCCGAUCAACCGCGAAACCGCGGCGGGACAUUUAAAUAUAAAAAAAAAAAAAGAAAAAUGAGAACGUUGUUUUACAGCUACAUCUUCACGGCGCUGCCGUGGAUCCUCAUCGUGAUCAUCAUGAUCGACGUGGACACGAGGAGGGCGAUCCAGCGCAGGACGCACUUGUACGCGGUGCCCCACGCGAGGACGGAGCGCGCAGCCCUGCCCGUGAUCUACGCCGUGACCCCCACGUACACGAGGGACGUGCAGAAAGCCGAGCUCACGCGCCUCUCCAACACGUUCCGCCAGGUGCCCAGCUUCCACUGGAUCGUGGUGGAGGACUCGCAGGCGCGCACCGAGCUCGUGUCGCGCUUCCUGGCUCGCGCCGGGCUGCGACACACGCACCUGCACGCGGCCACGCUGCUCAGGUACAAACGGCCGAGGUCGCCGCGCGGCACCGAGCAGAGGAACGCGGCGCUGCACUGGUUGCGGGGGAACCGCUCGCGGAACGACUCCGGUGUGGUUUUCUUCGCGGACGAUGACAACACGUACAGCCUGGAGCUUUUCGAGGAGAUGCGAUGGACUCGGCACGUGUCCGUGUGGCCGGUGGGUCUGGUUGGAGGGCGACGGUACGAGCGCCCAUUGGUGGAGAACGGCACGGUGGUGGGCUGGUACACAGGCUGGGGAGCCGGCCGUCCUUUCCCUAUUGACAUGGCAGGCUUCGCUGUGAACCUGCAGGUGGUGCUUGCAAAUCCCAAAGCCCUGUUCAAGCGCCACGGCUCCAAACCCGGCAUGCAGGAGUCCGACUUCCUCAGGCAGAUCACGACGGUCCGGGACCUGGAACCCAAGGCCAGCAACUGCACCCGGGUCCUUGUGUGGCACACUCGCACAGAGAAGGUGAACUUGACCAAUGAACCCGAUCCACCGCUGGACACUGUCACUAUCGAGGUCUAACAGGUCUGCACCAGUUGGCACAACAGGCCAUAAAUGGCAUCCAGAAUAACUUUGCUUCAUAUAGUGAAAAACUGUAUUGUUGACAGCUGUUUGAUUUCCAAGAGAACUGUGCAUCAGUCAUGACUCUUACGAUUUCUGGAAAACUCCGUCUGCAGUUCACGACGAGUUCAUUUUCUGAAGACCGCUGACAACCAUUGGUGCCACUUUCCAAGAGUGCUAAUAAUAUCAGACUGCCUUGCUCGUUUCAAAAUGCGACAGGAAAGCUCUAGAAGCGAUCACCACAUUGCCUGUUCAGUGGGGCACAUGUAUCACACCUCAGGAGCUGUGAUAUGGGGUACUCCAAAGACAGCAGGGCCACCACAACCGGCCUUGGUGCAAACGACCUAUGAAGGUAAAGAGCGAGGACAAAGGAAAAAAAAAAAAAAAAAAAAAAUCAUACUGUGGGUUCAAAAACAUCACACGAAAUUUUAUGGCUGUUCACUGUUUAAUGCACGGAAAUAACAUUUCAUCUGUACUAGGCACCAUAAAAUGUAAACACAUUACAGAAAUAAACAUGGAGGACGAGCUCUGAGUUCCGUCUUCGUUGCCGGGCAGAGGUGUCCAGUGUGGUCCUGUUGUGGUAGCAGCUCUGCUUUGGGCAACAGAUGAAAAUGUUCUUCUGCAAAGUUUGUUCGAUGCAUUCGAUCCAUGUGUUUAUUCCUCCCCCCCCCCCGCAGUGCCACGGCUCUUCGUAGCUUUGUUUCACCCACAAAACAAUCUUCGGUCUGCCUCGUACGUCUUCCUCUUAAACACCUUGCUUUCUCUACUAUGUGCACAACUAACAUCACAGCAAGAGGAACGAUUGGUUUCAACCGAUGGGAUGGUGGAUGAAAGAAAAAGGAAGGGGGCUAUUUUCUCUGUUUAUGGUAACACACAAUACAGUUUCCUAUACAAUAUCUUCUAGAGGAUAGCUGGGACAUAGGAAAUUACACACAGGAGAGGAAUUUUAACAUAACCACUUCUCUUCCAUUUAAAUACUAUUAUUAUUCACUAUUGAUUUGGUAACGAUAUAUUAGACGCUUGUAUAAUUGGUCCAGCAACUUGUUUGCUAAUAUGCUUUGGAGAAAAAAAAAAAA